AUGCCCUACAGCGACGUCUGUCACUGCAAGUCCAAGAAGGCCACAAGGAUUUGGCACAACCGCCCUGGCGCCCCCGUGUGCCGCAAGAACGACCGCUGGGAUGCCUUCGUGGACGACAUCCACCCCGAGGCUGCCCAGCGUGGCACCACCAACGGUCGUCGCAGCCAGCAGUCCCGGGAGCAACUGUACAGCAUGCCCCUGCACUGCGACGAGAUUGCGCGGAUCUUCCUCGGACCCAGCAGCAAGAGCGAGGAAGACUGUCGCGCUGAUCAGCGCGAUCCUGAAGCAGUAUCGCACGGCGGACGGUCCGUCAAGAAGUUCAUAGAGAACGAGAUGGGCGUGAACACCGAACGGGAGCAGGGGGGCACUCAGAACGACAAUCGAGCAGCAGAAGAAGAUAACGAGGACAUCCAACCGGAGCUCCACCGCCGGACCGGAGACGGCGCUCUGGACACGCUGUUCAUCCGCGGGCGCCACAUGCAGAUCAGCACCUGGAUCUCGUCGCAGAAGCUGCGCCUGAUCAGCGCGGCGGUCCGCGUCAACAUGCAGUGCAUCUGCAUCUGGCGGCUGCGCAACCAACUGGAGCUAGAGGCGGUGCUGGAGGAAUUGAGCGCCCUGCUGCCCAAGCAGGAGCUCCUGGCGAUGUACCAUGAGGCCACCCGGGAGCCUCAGAGCUUCUGGUUCAUCCUCAAGUGCCCUCAACUGCCCCUCAAGUGCCCUUAA